AUGCCUUCUAUGAACCAUCUCAAGUUUGUUAUGAUCGUAUGCGUACAGCUGGUUGUGAUAUGUGUCCAUCUGUACUCGGCCAUGUGUCAGGGUAGCUAUGACGGCGGAAUCGGAGUCAGACAACGGCGAACCGCACAAGGGUCGGGAGGCGCUGCAAAAUGUGAAUGUGAAACGGAAUCUGCAACACUGACGUGUUCUGAGGAACCAACAGCAUGUGAUGAUGACGAGGUGUUAUACGGAGGUUCCUGCUACAGAUUCAUCCACGAUGAGCUCAAGUUACGUGAUGAUGCCCAUAGAGAUUGCAUUGCACGUAAUAGCCAUCUAGUCUACAUCGAGUCACAGGAGGAACAAACAUUUCUGACAAAUCGGUCACGCAGAUAUGGUACCGAUAAUACUGUUGCUAGUAACCAUUACUGGAUCGGACUGAUUCCAACAAGCAGCAACGUGUGGCUGGAUGGUAACCCGGCACGCAACGAUCUGUUUGAAUUCUCUGACGGCAGUGCAGCUGGAUGUUUCUCUCUCUCUAAAUCCAGCGGCAAUGUAAGUUUACAUGGUGAGAACUGUAAUCGGGAUCGCUACUACGUCUGCGAACGUCCUUACGAAUGUCCUCUGGGAGGAUUCAACCACAGCGGUUCCUGUUACUGGGUCGGUGGGUCUAGGCAGUCGCACCUCUCGGCCCAAGGAGGUUGCAGUGAUGACGGUGGUCAUCUGCUGUACAUCGAAUCACAAGACGAAUUGCAAUUCAUUAACAACAAUCUUGCCAUUGAAGACAAUGUAAGAUACUGGAUAGGUCUGACUACCCAGUACGCUUGGUUAGACGGUAGCCGAGCCAUCUAUCAAGCAUUCGUACAGACAAUUCGAAGCAACAAUGACGGUAGCCUUUGCUUCAGGUUACGACCCCUAGAUGACUUUUUGUGGAAUGAUAUUGGAUGCAAUACAAACUACGCCUAUAUAUGUGAGCGAGAACUACCUGUUACUCCUCAUGAAACGCAACAAAACCCCGGUGUUUCAUGCAGACCGCCCGUCGCUAAUCUCAAUCGUCUUCUUGACUCCGUACCUCUGUGCGUCCGUAGUGACAGCCAUUACUUCAACAACUCCGUUCUAUGUCAAUGUAACGACGAAACUUGCAUCCGUGGCUGUGGCUGUGCACGUGACGACACUGUAGCCUGGCUUGAGACAAUACGAUGCAGCUGUGGCUUCUGUAAUUUCACCUUAGACGAGUCUGAAGAUAAAGUUUAUAGCACAUGGCCAUCUGAUUUUAACUGCAGCUGCUUUGUAAACGAAACUUCAUCAAAUGUGACCGUCGUCAAUGGUCAAGUCACCUGUGUGCCAGAUGACUCGGAGUCUAUCACAUCAGGCAUACCAAUCGGUAUCCCUGUUGGAGUGACCCUGGCCUUACUGUUCAUCUUGGUGGCGCUCGUUGUUGGGUUCAUCUGGUGGAAAAGAAAGGAGAAGAGAAAGGAGAUUGACAAGCCGCUGACAGCAAACACACACGUUGAUGGGUCAGACACAAUUAAUGUCAAUCCAACAUACGGAUUGGAUGAAGAUGAUCACGUGACUGAAGACAUCUUGAAACCCGUGGCAGUGGUUGGCCCGAGGCCCUUGAAGUCGGAUCCUCACAGUGCCUAUGCCGACAUAAAGCCAACCGAACGGUCAGCCAGUGCAGCGGAAACCAGCGAAGCAGAUAGCUACGCCAUCAUCCAAUCUGUUGGCUACACUCCAUACAAUCCCAAGGGACAGAGGGAUGUCUACACUGCCCUGCAGGGUACCAAGGACAGCAACGAAGACAGAACUGGGAACGAUGAUGAUGAUGAUCCAGCGGUGUAUACCCCAAUCCCAAACAACGGUCCUAAACAAGAGAAAGAUGACCCUGAGAACGAGUACGUGGAUCCAGAGUACGUGGUGGUAACACCAUCUGGUCAGCAGAACGGUGCUAAGGGAGUCAAGGUACCAGUCCCUCUACCCAAGCCCAAGAACCUGACGAAGGACAGUGGGUACGUGGACGUCGAUGCUCCAAUCGGGGAUUCUGUUCCAGAAGGGCGUGCUGGUUAUGUGGAUGUUGAUGCUCCAUCGGUAGGGUUCUUUGAUGGAAGUAAGCCAUCGGCACGCAGCAAGAAACCUGGCAGUGGGUACGUCAGCGUGGAUAGCCCAUCGACGACCUUCCCUAACAACCAAGAUGAUGACCCAGAAAACGACUUCUACUUCAAACUAGAGAAGCCCACUGCAGACGACGAAGAUGACUACAGUCUGGCAAGUGCGCCUGGAGGAAACGACUACGACACGUUCGAUCGAGCAGGAGCUAAACGCCCUAGUGCCAAUGCUGCAACUGACGAAGGCAUCUACAAUCUCACAAGUGUUCCAGAAGAUAACGAAUAUAACACCUUCAAUCGUCCAGGUGAUCAGCGCCCUAGUCAUAAUGCUCCUACUGAUGAAGGCGUCUACAACCUUACAGGUCCACCUGAAUCUAACGCCUAUGACACCUUCAACCGAGCUGGAGGUAAACGCCCAAGUACGAAUGCCUCCUCCACUGAUGAUGGCCUCUACAGUCUCACAAGUGUUCCAGAAGAUAACGAAUAUAACACCUUCAAUCGUCCAGGUGUUCGGCGUCCAAGUAAUAAUGCUCCUACUGAUGAUGGCCUCUACAGCCUCACAAACCCGCCAUGCGAUGACGAAUACAGCACCUUCGAUCGGCUUGGUAAUCGAGGCCCGAGUGCGAAUGCCCCUACCGAUGAAGGCGUUUACAGCCUCACAGGCCCGCCUGAAGGCGAUGUAUAUUCUACUGUCAGCCGUGUCGGCGGGAAACCAAUGCCAGUGGUACCAGUGAUAACUGACGAGAGUGAGUACUCUACCUUCGACUGAGACCAAAAUAUACAAUCAUCAACGGAGGCAUUUUCCCUGAAAUUGCAUUCACCUGAAAAAAAAAAGAAGACCGGCAGAUACAUUGACAGAACUUUCACUUAUACAUUAAAGUUAAGACUGAUACAAAUUCUCAAGUGUUGUUCCAUUUGGCAUGCAUAUUGAUUAUAACACUGAGGUCAACACCAUAUCCAGUUUGGGACACCGUAGCACAGGAGGCUGAAUUUAGUGUGCCAGUAAUGGGUGGAAUCUUUAGCUGAGCUAACAUCAACAAAAUAGUAAGGUUUCAUGGGGAUAUUUCUUCAAGUCUACAUUUAGCACUGAGUAUGAAACCCUGCAGAUUAGUAGACAUAUUCAUCAUCUUAAACAUGAGGAAUAAUCUUGAACAAAAUUCCAAGUUAUUCUAGCGAAGGUUGUAAGUGCGAAAAUUGAGACUCGAAAAAAUUUCGAAGGUGAUUUAAACUUGAGUUUUAUUUAGUUGAAGUGGAUUUAUUACUUGAAAACCAAGAUUUUUUAAUAAUGGCCGGUGAAGAAAAUCACAAAACGAGAAGUUAUGUUGAUGCAUAAUUUUUAGGAUAUGUUUAUCCUUUCGGUGGAUUUAACUAAAGCAAAAUUAGUGCUAGCUGAAAAAUAAAUUAUUUUACAAUUGAGUUUAUGGAUGGAAAGAAUGCAUUAUAAACUUGGUGCAACUUGGUGUAGAGGUAUUUUAGCAACAAAUCGAUAUAUUAGAUAUUUACAUGAUAAUAUUUACAUUAUAGUCAUAUAUUAAGGAGCUGUUACAGAUGUGUAUAUAUACGAUGAAGUACACCAUUGACAUAUUGACAAGAAACCGCAAUCUCUUGAAAUUUAUACAUUUAAAAAUUAUUGCAGAAAAUGUGCAAAGUUGACUAUCACCAGUAAAGAGUAUAUGUUUAGUUUAAUCCAUACUACAUGUUCUUGCUGUAUAUUAAACUUGUAUAUAUACACACUGGUGGAUGAUUUAAAAUUCUACGCAGACUGUAAAUUAGAUUUUAAUUUGAA